AUGUCCCAGCGAUGUGACGUCCAGAGGGGAACACUAACGCAGCUUGACUCUGUAGGGACGCGCAAUCUGGCCUUCGCUGUCCCCGCGAACACCUCCGACACCGCUGCCGCGAUGAGCUACACCCAGGACCGCGCGCACUCCUCCGCGCUCCUCGGGUCCCUCCUGUCGGGGCAGCAAGCCCUGCAGCAGUCCUCUGCCGCCUCCUCCUCCUCCUCCUCUUCCUCUACUUCCUCCUCCUCCAAGGACCCCGCGGACACGGCCUCGCUCCUCUCGACGGCCAGCUCGACUGCGGCGCUGCUCCCGCGCACCGAGAAGACGCCGUCGCCGGGCGCCGCCGAGAAGGCGCUGUCGCGCGCCGCGUGGAAGAGCCAGGUCCGGAUGACGUUCUAG